AUGCUCCUCAAGACGCACAUCAAGGAUCACAAGACACUCCUGCGGCAGCUGUCCGAGUUCCGUCUGGCAGAUACUAAAUGUCAGGUCGUUGAGGAUCGGGCCUUUGUUCUCGCGCAGAUCACCGAAUGGUUUGGGAGUGCAGAUGAAUUUGAGAUAUACGUGAGAGGCGCCUUGCACAGCCAGGUGGAGAGCUUAUUGCAAGAACAAAUAGUAAACCCGUAUGGCGACAUAGUCAUUAUUUGUCUGGGCAGUUUUUUCUUCUAUACUUCUGGGUGUCUCGCAGCAUUGGCUCGCGGCGAUGCGGAGCUCAUGUGGCGGUGGGUAUUAUGUUAUGUGACCGAUAUCUGUCUGUCUAAAAGCUUGUGGAUCGGGUUCAGGAGAUUGGCCGAAAUUACGGGUCGGCGAAUGCAACGAGGGCUGCUCGCUUUCCAAACAUAA